AAGUUAAACGCAAACAUGCUGCGCCAGGCGGUGAAGGUAAACAAUUCUCUUGUGGUCAGUUCGGUUCGAUUCCGCAGUAGCCUGGCCCAGGCUGCAACAACCGAAAGCGCUACGGCAGUGGACGAUGUCCGCGAUCAGGAAUGGGACAGUGCCCUGCCUUAUAGCAAAAUUCCCGGACCGGGCGUGUUUGAGAUGCUGAAAAACUUUGCCCCGGGAGGCCGCUACCAUAAUGCCAACUUUCCUCAAAUGCAUCGUCUCUUCCGUGAGGAUUAUGGUGAUCUGGUUAAGAUGCCGGGCAUUCUCGGACGCAAUGAUGUUCUGAUGAGCUUCCGACCGGACGAUUACGAAACCCUCUUUCGCAGUGAAGGUCAAUGGCCCAUACGACGAGGUUUCUUCGAUACGUUUGUUCACUAUCGACAGAAAGUCAGACCGGAUGUGUUUAAGGGUCAUGGUGGACUGGUGACCGAGCAUGGAGAAAAUUGGCAGAACUUCCGUACGGCGGUCAAUCCUGUUAUGCUUCAACCAAAGACGAUCAAGCUGUAUGUCGACAAAUUGGAUGAUGUUACACAAGAGUUCAUGAAAAUCAUGUUGAAAAUUCGUGAUGACAAGAAUGAGCUGCCAGGAAAUUUUAAUCAGUGGUUGAACCGCUGGGCAUUGGAAACGAUGGGAGUACUGGCUUUGGACACCAGAUUAGGUGUUUUGGAGGAUUCGCAGUCCGAAGAAGCUCAUCUAAUUGUCAGCAAUAUUCGUCAAUUCUUCGAACUAACGUACCAGCUGGAUGUGCUGCCGUCCGUGUGGAAAUAUUAUAAGACACCGACAUUCAAAAAACUGAUGAUCACGCUGGACAAUCUAACUGAUCUGGUAAUGGCCAAAGUCGAUGACGCUGUUAUUAGAUUGGAAAAGAAUCCCUCAGCUCCGAACGAUACUCAGAGUGUGUUGGAAAAGCUGCUAAAGGUAGACCGACAUGUCGCAAUUGUUAUGGCAUUCGAUAUGUUGAUGGCUGGUGUGGAUACGACCUCUUCGGGCGCUACAGGAAUCCUAUAUCUUUUGGCCAAUAAUCCGGAUAAACAAGCCAAACUUCGGGAAGAAAUUCGAAAAGUUCUACCCAAAAAAGAUUCACCGUUGACGCCUGAAAACAUGCGCAAUCUUCCAUAUCUGCGUGCUUGCAUUAAGGAAGGUCUACGUCUGUGUCCACCAGUCGCAGGAAACUUGCGUGCCGCUGGAAAGGAUCUCGUUCUACAAGGCUAUCAAAUUCCGAAGGGGACUGAUGUUGUCAUGGCAUCUAUGAUCCUGAAUCAUGAGGAGAGAUUCGUCGAGAGAGCCAAGGAGUUCCUACCAGAACGUUGGCUCCAGGAAGAUGGCUAUCCUAAUGGUAAGGAUGCUCAUCCGUUCUUGAAUUUGCCGUUUGGGUUUGGAGCACGGACAUGCAUUGGUCGGCGCUUGGCCAUGCUGGAGAUGGAGAUGAUAAUUUCGCGAAUCACCCGUCUGUUUGAGUACAGGUGGAACUACGGUGAACUGAGGAUAACUUCUACGCUGGUUAGUGUACCCGUCAACGAGCUUCGAUUCCAGAUGACCGAGCUGGAAGAUUAGAAAUUGUCCAGAUUUCAUGUAAUGUAAUAAUUAAUCAUUAGUUUAUUUAAAACAAGGCUGGGUUUAAAAAUAAGAUCUCAUACACAAAUGAAGUGAUGUCUUGGUCAUUAUUUAACCUAAAUAACACGU